AGCAGCAGCGGCCAGCAACAGCCUCACCGCUCACCGGAGCAAACAUUGCGGACUGCGUACGUUGUGAUGUGCAGUAGUUUAGUAUGUAUACUGAGUGCCACGCAAGUGACCUGAGAUGGAAACUGAAGCCAUGAAGCAGCAGCUGCAAACGAGGAAACCGUACACAGCAUUCCGGGAAUUACGAGCUCUUGACGGUAAUGCUUUCCUGGUUCUCUUCUCCGUCAACCGAACGGUGAUAAGGGACCAGCCAGUCACAGCCAAAGCGACGGGCCUGGCGGGCCCGGAAUUCCCAAACUGGGGGCUGGCCAGCGCCACAGUCCCCUGUUGCCACAAACUCUGGGCGUGCUUCAGCGACCACCGUCGUGCGUGGCUGAGGGACAUUGCCUGUCUUGAGGAACGGGAGAUCCACAAGGAUUAUUGGAAGACCAUUAACAACAAGACUUUGCCAAUGAAAAUGAGAGUGACAGUGAAGAGACUGAAUCUGUUGAAGAUGGGUCCAUAGAAACAUCAGUCAAAUACAGAUGUUAGAGACUGCCAGAAAUUGACCAAGGAAAGAGGCAGAUGGAUCAAGCAGUCUCCAUUUCAAAUCCUAAUCGGAAGGAAACUAACCAGAGCUGAUGAUGUGGACUUGUAUUUCCAACUGCUGGCAAGAAACGAAAAUAAACAAAUAAAAAUGAAAAUAAAAAUAAAAUAUUUGAUGAAGAAGAAAGAGAGAGAGAGAGAGAGGAAAUAAUUCAAACAAUAGACAAUUUUUUGUACAAAAAGCAAUGAAAACAUUAUAUAACAGUCUAUCAACGUUUAUCUAAUACCCAAUAUUUACAGUACAUGCAGCAACCAAAUAGCAAAGGACAUACUAAGAAACAAGUUACGCCAUUGCCGACAUACUUAAUACAAAGGGCAUUUUUAAUGUCCAAAAGUUGUGACUGAUUCUUAUUUUGUAUUUUUAAAAUUUUAUUUUGUAAUAAA